AUGGAGCGGGCGGCGGUGCUGCGCGUGAAGCGGAAGCGCGGCGGGCCCGAGCCGGCCGAGGCGCUGCUGCUCGCCCGCAAGCGGCGGCGCGCCGAGCCGGGCGGGCCGCCCGGGCCGCCGCGCCUCGAGACGGGGCUCUUCAAGCUGGUGGCCACCGUCUCCUCCAAGAGCGAACCCGUUCAGAAAUACGUUCAAGACGUGAUCAGCCGAGAGAAGGCGGCUCGGAGCCUGCGGCCCUCCUCGGGAAGCGCCCAGCGCGUCCUGCGGGAGCUCCGUUCCGCCCGGGAGGCGAGCAGGAAGGAGAGCCGCUAUCGGGUUGUGGCCAGCCACCGGCCGCCCGCCUGCCACGCGCGAACGGCUGCGGCGGGCGCACGGGGCGAGGCCUCGGCCGACGGCGCCGCAGCGAGCGGAGAUGCUUCGGGAGCCGGCAGCAGCGCGGCCGCGGGCUCGGGCUGCUCUGAGAAAUUCCAGUUAUUCGAUAUUGUGCAAGAAGAGGAGGCGGUGGGAGCCGCCAGCGUGACUGCCGCGAACCCGCAGAAAACUGGUGAUCCAGAUGUGAUUCUCUGCAAUGCAGUAGAGAUGAUUCGUGAGCGUUUAAAUGUUUCUGAAGAUAGUAAUAAAGUAGAACACCGUGAAAAAGAAGAUGAGUAUGUUUAUGACAUCUACUAUAUGGAAACAUCAGCCCCUGGUUGGAUCCAAAAUAUCCUGUCUGUCCAGCCCUAUAAAGAGGAGUAUGAACUGGUAGAUGAUGAUGGUAUUCCAGGGGAAAUAUAUGAAGAUGAAGAUGAUGAAAAUGAUGAAAAUAACUGGCGUAAUGACUAUCCUGAUGAAGAUGAGUUCUUACCUGAGGAAGAUGGUGAUGGAGAAAAGGACUCUGAAGAGAGCUUGAGUGAUGAAGACCAAUGUUUCAGAAGAACAUGGAACAAAUACCGCCAUGAGGUCCUACAAGAAUUUGGAUAUGAUGAAGUCCAGGAUUUGGAUUCUGACUGACAGGGAUUUUCUGUUUUUCUUAUUUUUUAAGAUGAAAGGCAUAGAACUUGCAGUAGAACUGAAAUUCUAGAAAGCUGCUGGUGGCUAUUCAUGAGAACGUAUAGCAUUAAAAAAAAAAAAAAAAAAAAAUGGAAAAAGCACUUUCUGGUAAAACUUGUACUCAUUGGGACAGUAGGAAACCAAGAUUGAAACGGAUGAAUUUAAGCUAAGCCUUUCCUGUCUGACCUUCAGAAAACAUUCCAAAACUUAAGGACUGGCAUGGUGAAUUCUAAUGCUUACUGUUCAGGCUUGAGCAUUAGAUACAACUAGACUUCGAGAUUCUAGUAAAUAAUAAAAGCUCAUUUUAAUUAUGAGCUGUGUCACAAAUGUUCAGCCAACUUCAGCUGGUAGAUACUAAGCAGAUGAGUGUGAAUAUGGGCACUUAAAAACAUGUGUUUUCUUUCUUAAGCAGAAGAUGCUGUCUGGGUUGGGUUUUGUUUUUUUUUUUUUCCCUCCUUCCUCUACCUGUUCUGUGGUGCUGAGGUUGAGGAAGAACCUUUUUUUGAGCUGCAUACCAGUCAUUGAUAUCAAGAUGGGUAACAUUAUCUGUGGAAGUACUGUAAGCAGCAGCCCUUAUUGUUGUGACUAAUGUGUAAGGUUUUAGAAGAAGGUCUACCAUGUGGCAAGAGAGGUAGGUCUCUUCCUAUAAAGGCAAGUAGGAGUCCUGGAGAAAAAGCACUGUGCUUCUUCCUGUGUUUAAACUUGUCUUAGCAAGCAUUUGGCUAUGUGAAAUGCCCACAAUAAAAUGGUCAGGUCAAGGUAUCUUUUCUCUACUUUUACUGUGGGGGUAGAAUAAUAUAUAUGCUUUUAUAUUGUAAAUAAAGAAUCUUUGUGGAUUGUUUUCUUUAUUCAUUUAGAGAACAUAGGAGUCAAUUUAGCUGAAGCCGUUUCAGUGUACUAACUUAUAUUCAUCUAUCUUUAAAAUAAUGUAAUCUUGUGAUUUUGCAUCAGUCCUAGUUUCUAUAAGCUGAUCUUGGAGAAGGGAAAAGCUUUAGACCCUGUACUGGAACUCAGUAGGAAACAAUCUCCCUACUAAAUAACAGGUUCUGGUGUGUAAUAUGUACCUGCAUCUACAGUAUUGUCAUUCCCUGUUGAGGCUGGUGCAGAACUCAAGCUUGUGAGAGUUAAGUGUACCUUGUGUGUAGCUAAGUUUCCAUCUUGAGUUUAGCAGGAAGCAGUGAACGGAAUGCUAGUCUCUUUUCUCUGGGUAUAUUCACCAGAAGUGAGUAGCAGAGGUGUUUUAUAAGGAAAUGAGCUGUCCUGCAGCUGUCAAUGUAGUACCACCAAUGGUGCUACAUGUAAGAUAUAUAAAGCUGGGACUUUAAAAAGAAUGAAUCUCUGCUUGAGCCUUGUGAUUCACUGUCUGUAAAAAGGAUCCCAAAACCUGAAAGCUGGUCAGUUAAUUCUGGCUGCUGCUGUCAAGGUAACAACAGGUGAAGCUUUUUGUUCUUAUUUUCAUGGAAAGGCUAAUAUGGCUCUUAACACACUACAGUUGUAGCAGAGGUUAAAGCUAUCUCUGUCUAGUGGGCAGCAUAGCUGUCUCAGAUACUGAACUCAUUCUGCUUACAUGCAAGAUGUAAAGAGCUGUAUUAUAAUAGUCAAAUACUAGUUUUUGUUAGAGGCAAACACCUAUACAUGGCUGAUGUGCCAAAUAUGCACAAAGUUCCUCAGCUGAUUUUAAUUGUCUUAGAUCCAAAAGUGGCUUCAUAAGUUUGGUUAACUUUUAAAACAUCUAUUAUAUAAAUUUUUAGGGUUUUCCUGUUUAUAUUAAACUUACUUAGGCAAGAAGUCAGUACAAGAAUCCAAAUGUUUUUACUGUUACUGAAGUGGCUGAUGCCAAUGUGGAACAGUAUUUCAGGUAAGCAUGUCUUCAGCCACAAUCUUUUGAUUGCAAGAUUUAGUUUAACUUAAAAGGAAACAAACACAAACUGCACCUAUGGACAAACUGUCAACUUAGAUCAUCAUUUUGAAAUAAAGUAAGAAUUCCCAAUA